CUGUUGCACAAAAGUAGAAUUAAGACAUCCGGGAUAAAUGACUAAACUGAGCUCAAUGAAGCCAAAACAUGUGCGUCCAGGCUUAAUUGGUUGCACAAAGACCAAGCCAGGAUGAGCAGACACGGAUUCAUUAAGCCGGGUGAAACCAAUCCUGGAUAGGUGCGCGCUCACGGCUCACUCAAAUAGACCCCGCCACAGAUCACAGAUUAACUGAUUUACCAUGGCAACUAGAGCCGCGUACUUUUCCCCGUCGGAAGCACAAAUCCUCAUGGAGGCAUACGAGGAGGUAAAAGAUAUAAUUAAGAAGAAAGGCAACACCGCCACAGUGAUAAAGCAAAGAGAAAAAGCGUGGCAAAGUAUUGCAGACCGCCUGAAUGCAUUAAACAUGAACGGGCCAAAACGGACAUGGCAGCAGGUCAAAAUCAAAUACAAGAACAUUCUGCAGAAUGCAGUGAAAAAGAAUACCCACAGACAAGGCACGGGUGGUGGGUCACCAAAGGCUGACCUUACCCCAACAGAGGACAUGGCCUUGGAGCUAAAUAAAGGCAGGCCCGUCUUAGAGGGGAUCCCUGGGGGGAAAGAGACGAGCAUAGGUUCCUCCCAAGAUGCCACCCGCUUCAUUCAAGUGUCUGGCAGCACUGUGUUCCUGUUAGAGCCACCAGCACAAGCACCAGACGAUGCUGAUCCAGGUGAAGGCCCCAGUGCAGCAGCAACAGCACAUGAUGGAGACGAUGAUGAUGAGGAGGAGACCAUCUCUCUGGAUUCCAGAAGGCAUGAGGACCCAGAUGCUAUACAGUGGGAAAACCAGCCUGGCAACAUAAGCUCACAAGCUAUCAGAAAGUUGUAUGGCAACCACCUCCGGCGCCAAAUAGAACUGGCAGACAUAGACAUUCAGUACAAGAAGAAAAAGAUGGAAAAUCUUGCACUGGAGUCCGAAAUAAAAAAGAGGACAAUUAGGAAACUGGACCUUGAAAUAAAAAAACUUGAGAGGGAGGUGAGAUAUGCCUUCAAUGUACACUGUAUGCUAACUGUAACACAAAUGUAUUAAUCAUUAUUUGUAUUUCCUCCCCCAGCUCCAAGAAGAUGACACAGCUCAAAAUAAAAAUUAGGUAUAUUCUCGUAAAGUCAAGUGAGCCAUGACAUAUGAGCUCUUAUUGUGAGCACACAGGACGGUGGCAUCUUUCUAAGG